AAGAAUAAAAUGAUUGCCUUUUGAAGUCGUGCUGUUUAUACAGUUCUUAAACUUUGCUUCUUCGGACUUUGCUGCAGUUUAUUGUUGCCUAACCCGUACAGACUGAUUUAUAGACUCCUCCUUAUUAAGCGCUGGUCUUGGACGCACGGGAGCGACGCGCUCGGUGUCUCGCAUCGCUUUGGGGAAACCGGGACUACGGCGCAACAUGUAUCCAGCGCGGCGCGGGCGAACGCGUGCUGCGGACUCAAAGACGUGUCGGAGCAUCAUGUCAAGGCGCGCGUUAACUCUGAAGUGGAGCGCCGGAUGGAUUCUAAUGUUUUCAUUUAUCAAUAACACUUGCGCGCAAGAUGAUGUCCCACCCUACUUCAAGAUGGAGCCGGUGGCAACCCAAAUCCACCUGGAAGGAAACCGUUUGGUUCUCACCUGCAUGGCUGAGGGCAGCUGGCCUCUGGAGUUUAAAUGGCUUUACAAUGGUACAGAGUUGACGCGUUUCUCCCUGGAGUACAGGUACGUCAUUCCGUCACUGGAUCGCUCCCAUGCAGGCUUCUACAGAUGCAUCGUCAGGAACAGGGUGGGAGCUCUGAUGCAGAGGAGUUCACAAGUCCAGGUCGCCUACAUGGAAGGCUUUGUGCAGGGAGAAUGGUCUCAGGUGGUGUCGCAAGGAGAGGCGGCGUUGAUCUUCCCCCCACAAAUCCACAGCUUUCCGCGGCCCGGGAUCACAUGGUUCAGAGACGGACGCAAGAUUCCCCCCAGCAGCCGCAUAGCCCUCACUUUGGACAACACCCUUGUCAUCCUGUCCACCGUGGCCCCUGAUGCGGGCCGGUACUACGCCCAGGCUGUCAACGACAAGAACGGAGAGAACAAGACCAGUCAGCCCAUCCUCCUGAAUGUAGAAAACAUUGGCGGCCCAGCAGACCCCAUCGCUCCCUCUAUUAUAAUCCCGCCGAAGAACACCAGUGUGGUGGUGGGCACGUUUGAAGUCACACUGGAGUGUGUGGCCAAUGCAAGGCCUCUCAUUAAGCUCAGCAUUACAUGGCGGAAAAAUGGAGUGCUGGUAAACCGAGGCCUCCGGGACUUUGGUCGUCGUCUGACCAUCAGCGGUCCCUUGGUCAGUGACAGCGGCUACUAUGAAUGUGAAGCCUCCCUCCGGAGCAGCAGCGCCCCCUCUGUCAGCGCCGGAGCAUAUCUGCACGUCCUGGAACAUCCCCAGUUUGUGAAGGAGCCCGACAGACACAUUACUGCUGAGAUGGAGAAGGUGGUAGACAUCGCAUGCCAAGCUCGCGGUGUUCCUCAGCCAGAUAUAGUGUGGUAUAAGGAUGCUGUACCCAUAAGCCCCGUGAAGACACCUCGUUACAGAGUCCUGGCGGGCGGCAGCCUGCAGAUAAAUGGGCUGCUCCCGGACGACACUGGAAUGUUCCAAUGCUUCGCUCGCAACUUAGCAGGAGAGAUCCAGACGAACACGUACCUUGCUGUCACCAGUAUCGCCCCAAACAUCACGGCCGGCCCUUCUGACAGCGCUGUGAUUGAUGGCAUGUCCAUCAUUUUACACUGUGAGACCUCAGGGGCCCCGCGGCCCGCAAUCACAUGGCAGAAAGCUGAUCGGGUUCUGGCAAGCGGCUCCGUACAGUUGCCGCGUUUCACUUUGCUGGAGUCUGGCAGUCUUCUGAUCAGCCCCUCUCACCUGUCUGAUGCUGGAUCCUACACCUGCAUGGCCAGUAACUCCCGUGGCAUUGACGAAGCCUCGGCCGAUCUGGUGGUGUGGGCUCGAACGCGGAUCACUAAUCCACCUCAGGACCAGAGCGUGAUCAAGGGCACAAAAGCAGCCAUGACCUGCGGGGUGUCCUAUGACCCGAGUGUCACAGUCAGGCACAUCUGGGAGAAAGGAGGAGUGGUUAUUGACAUGAAAUCGAGCCCUCGCUUGCGUCUCGACUCCAAUGGCACCCUACAUAUAUCUCAGACCUGGUCAGGGGACAUUGGGACCUACGCCUGUAGAGUUACCUCUGUGGGAGGCAAUGAUUCUCACAGCGCUCACCUGAGAGUCAGAGUAUCAUUACCCGAGGAGCCCCCCAGCGCCCCUCCUCAGACAGUGAUAGCCAGUGGCAGAACCAACCAGUCCAUCAUGAUCCAGUGGCAGCCUCCCCCUGAGAGCCACCAAAACGGGCCGCUUCAAGGCUAUAUCAUCAGGUACUGUCUGUCUGGAUUACCGGUGGACUGUCAGAUGAAGAACAUCACUAACCCAGACCAAACAAAUCUUCUCCUGGAGGACCUUAUCAUUUGGACCAACUAUGAGAUUGAGGUGGCUGCUUAUAACGGGGCGGGCCAGGGCGUCUACAGCCCCAAAGUCACAGAAUGGACUCUGCAAGGCGUACCCACGGUCCCACCAGGGAACGUCCAGGUGGAUGCUGUCAACUCCACCACAGUCCGUUUCACAUGGAGUGCUCCAAGCCCACAGUUUAUCAAUGGAAUCAACCAGGGAUACAAGCUGUUGGCAUGGGAACCAGGCCACGAGGAAGACGUUACCUUGGUUACUGUGAGACCCAAUUUUCAAGACAGUGUUCAUGUAGGUUACAUCACCGGACUGAAGAAGUUCACGGAGUACUUCACCUGUGUACUGUGCUUCACUACGCCGGGAGAUGGCCCUCGCAGUACUCCACAGUGCAUACGCACCCACGAAGACACUCCAGGACCUGUAGGUCACCUGAGCUUCACAGAAAUCCUGGACACGUCUCUCAAAGUCAGCUGGAAAGACCCGCCAGAGAAGAACGGCAUCCUCACAGGGUAUCGCAUUUCCUGGGAGGAAUUCAACAGAACAAACACUCGCGUCACGCAUUACCUGCCCAACAUUACACAGGAGUACCGGGUCACCGGUCUGACCGCACUCACUACUUACACCAUUCAGGUGGCCGGUAUGACCGCCAAAGGUCAAGGUCAGCUGUCGUCCUCCACCAUUUCCUCUGGUGUGCCGCCAGAGAUGCCUGGACCUCCUACCAACAUUGCCAUCUCCAACAUCAGCCCACGUUCAGUAACCCUGCAGUUCAAACCAGGCUAUGACGGCAAAACAUCCAUCUCACGCUGGCUGGUAGAGGCUCAGAUCGGUGUUAUAGGAGAAAACGAGGAGUGGGUCAUGGUCCAUCGGUUGGACAAUGAGCCUGAUGCACGAUCCCUUGAGGUCCAAGGCCUGAACCCCUACACCUACUACAGAUUUCGAAUGAGGCAGGUGAAUAUAGUAGGCACAAGCCCACCCAGCCAGCCAUCUAGGAAGAUCCAGACCCUACAGGCUCCUCCUGACAUCGCCCCCGCCAACAUCACUCUCCGCACAGCCAGCGAGACCAGCCUGUGGCUCAGAUGGGUGCCGCUACCAGAGUGGGAAUACAAUGGCAAUCCCGAGCUGGUGGGCUACAGGGUGCAGUACUCGCGUCUAGGCUCCAAGGCUGGGGUUCUGUCCCACAUCAUUCCUGACAGGCAGGAGAGGGAGUUUACCAUUGAGGACCUGGAAGAGUGGACAGAAUACGAGGUCAAAGUGCAGGCGUUCAAUGGCAUCGGGCCAGGACUGUGGAGCCAACCAGUUCAUGGGAGAACCAGAGAGUCAGUCCCCUCAAGUGGCCCUGCAAAUGUUUCAGCUUUUGCUACCACCUCCAGCAGUGUCCUGGUCCGCUGGGGUGAUGUGCCGGAGACUGAUCGCAAUGGACUAAUUCUCGGCUAUAAGGUGGUAUACAAAGAGAAGGAUGCAGAGUCAGCCCUGCGUUUCUGGACAGUAGAGGGAAAUACCACUUACAGUGUCCAGCUCACUGGUCUUGGGAAGUACGUGCUAUAUGAGAUCCAGGUUGUAGCCUUCACCCGUAUAGGAGAUGGCAUGCCUAGUUCUCCACCCAUCUUUGAGCGCACACUUGAUGAUGUACCUGGGCCUCCAGUCGGAAUCCUUUUCCCUGAAGUCAGGACUUCCUCAGUGAGACUGAUCUGGCAACCCCCUGCCCAGCCAAAUGGCAUUAUCCUUGCAUAUCAGAUUGCUUACCGGAAAAAUUCUUCCAGUAUUACCUCUGCUAUCGUUGAUGUGCUCAUCCCAAGUGCGCGACAGUAUACAGCAACUGGACUGAAACCAGAGAGUGUUUAUGUGUUCCGCCUCACGGCGCAGACUCGAAAGGGAUGGGGAGAAGCGGCCGAGGCACUGGUGGUCACUACAGAGAAGAGAGCACGCCCUCAGCCCACAAGUCGUCCCGUUGUGCCUCAGGAAGAGGUCCAGGCCCGUAGUGUGCUGUUGUCAUGGGAACCAGGCAGCGAUGGUCUAUCGCCCAUCCGAUAUUACACCGUCCAGGACAGAGAGCUGCCAGACAGCAACUGGACCGUCCACUCUGCUUCUGUCAACCAUGAGGCCACUUCAUACGUCAUAGACAAGCUCAAGCCUUUCACUUCCUACCAGUUCAGAGUGAAAGCCACUAAUGAUAUUGGGGACAGCGAGUACAGCGAGGAGAGCGAGGCAAUCACCACUCUACAGGACGCACCCGACAAAGCUCCCACCAUCCUAUCUGUGACACCACACACCACCACAUCUGUGCUGGUCCGCUGGAAGCCGCCCCCCGAGGAGGAGAUCAAUGGUAUUUUGCUUGGUUUUCGAGUACGCUACAGAGAACUGCGUUACGACCGCCUACGCAGCUUCACAGUGCGUACAGUUAAUAGCCCUUCAGCCAACUGGGCCGAGCUCACAGCCCCCUACAGUGUGAGGAACCUGACCGAAUCCUCACUUACCCAAUACGAGCUGGACAAUCUGAAUAAGCACAAGCGCUAUGAGAUCCGACUGAGCGUGUAUAACGCGGUAGGGGAGGGGCCCAACAGCUCGCCACAGGAAGUGUUCGUGGGAGAGGCGGUGCCCACCGCUGCAUCUCAGAAUGUCGCUAUCCAGUCCUCAACAGCUACUCAGCUUGAUGUCACAUGGGACCCUCCUCCAGUGGAAGCCCAGAAUGGGGAUAUUCAAGGCUAUAAGAUUUAUUAUUGGGAGUUUCAGCUGCAGAAUGAGACUGAGCGACUCCGCACUCUCUUUCUGCCGGAGCUGAGCGUGAAGCUGAAGAACUUGACUGGCUACACCACUUACAUGAUCAGCGUGGCUGCUUUCAACGCAGCGGGGGACGGUCCACGCUCGCUGCCCACCAGAGGGCGCACUCAGCAAGCAGCUCCAAGCGCUCCCAGUUUUAUCCACUUUAGUGAACUCACCACCACCUCAGUCAACAUGUCCUGGGGUGAGCCCAAGCAGCCCAACGGCAUCGUGGAAGGAUACCGUGUGGUCUAUGAACCCUGCACGCCUGUGGAUGGUGUCAGUAAGGUUGUCACUGUGGAUGUAAAGGGCAGCACCCCCUUGUGGAUGAAAAUCAAGGAUCUGGCAGAUGGAGCGACCUACAACUUCCGCAUCCGUGCUAAAACCCUUACUUAUGGACCGGAGAUCGAGACCAACAUCACCACUGGCCCUGGAGAAGGUGCUCCAGGGCCCCCGGGUGAGCCGUUUAUCUCUCGUUACGGCACAGCCCUCACUCUCCACUGGUCCAGCGGUGACCCAGGCCGGGCUCCCAUCACACGCUAUGUUAUAGAAGCAAGGCCAUCUGAUGAAGGACUGUGGGAUAUUCUAAUCAAAGACAUCCCUAAAGAGGUGACAUCGUACACUCUUAACCUGGAUACCCUCAGAGAAGGGGUCACCUAUGACUUCCGUGUCAUUGCAGUGAAUGACUAUGGCUACGGUUCUCCAAGUGCACCUUCUCCUUCAAUAUCAGCCCAAAAGGUCUCCCCCUUUUAUGAGGAAUGGUGGUUUCUGGUGGUCAUUGCUCUCGUGGGCCUCAUUUUCAUCCUUCUGCUCAUCUUCAUCCUCAUCAUACGGGGGCAGAGCAAAAAAUACACCAAGAAAACAGACUCAGGUGCCCAUUCAAAUUGCACAUCUCUGCCCCUCUCCCAUGGAGAGAUGGUACAGCUGGAUGAAGGACGCUUCCCUGCCCUGGAGCUCAACAACCGUCGACUCUCGGUCAAAAAUUCCUUCUGUCGUAAGAACGGAAUCUAUACCCGAUCUCCACCACGACCCAGUCCUGGCAGCCUGCACUAUUCUGAUGAGGAUGUCAGCAUCAAAUACAAUGACUUGGUCCAAGCUGAGAGCAGCAGCCUGACCGAGAAGCCUUCAGAAGUGUCUGACUCACAGGGCAGUGAUAGCGAAUAUGAGUUGGAUCCGAACCGGCAAAAGACCCACUCCUUUGUCAACCACUACAUCAGUGACCCCACCUACUAUAAUUCCUGGCGCCGGCAACAGAAGGGCGUCUCUCGGCCUCCGGCGUACGGCUAUGCCCAGCCCGACACGGUGGUGGAACAAGAGUCCCGACCCCACCCGCCCCCGCUGCCACCGUUACCACCUCUGCUGCCCCACAGCAAUCCAUCCCCGCAGCCCCAGGGCCAGGGCACCCUGUUCAGGCCCAAGGGAAGCCGGACUCCCACCCCGUCACUGCUGACCUCUGACAACCACAGCCAGCACACCCUGUACAGGCCCCCUAGCAGCCUAGGCACCUCCGCCCAGGUCCCGGCCACGGGAUUCUCCUCAUUUGUUUGAUACAAGACUCUCAUUUCAAUGACAACACGCCUGGGAGGGACUCCUGCAGUAUUAUUGGUCAAAUUUUUUUAUUAUUUUUUUUCUCCGCACCUUGUUGGACAUCAAGAGCUGCUUUUGGAUUUCAUUUUGCCAGGUGUGCAAGUGUAUUGUGGGUUUAUAUGUGUGUGCAAGAGCAUCGAAACGCAGACAAUCAUUCUGAAGGGAAUCGUUUGUUGAUUGUACAUUUUAAAAUAUAUUCGCUUCAUCAUUCACUGAAAAAGAAAUUGUGUCCAAAAUAUAUUAAAAAAUAAAUACAAAUAUGGCUUGACUGCAUUUACAAU